GUACUGCGCACUCAUACAAAGCAUCCAACGACGAGAGCAGCAACGUAAACAUAGAGCUUCAAUAUGGGACGACUUAUGGUGUGCUUGGUAUGUGUAAUCCUCGUCCAGCUGACAUAUUGUACCAUAGACUUAACGGUAAACCCGGAAGUGAUCACGCCUACUAAUGUUGUACCUGUCAGAAUCCGGUGUAGACUUAAUUUGCUCUUCUCAGAAGUUGUAAGGGUAUAUUCUAUCAUGAUCAGAAGAAAGGAGACUACGCUUGCUGUGGCAUUUACAGACCGCAAGACUCAGAUGUAUGAUAAAAGAUUGAAGGACAUAGCUGUGGUGAAUUCGUCACUCACAACGCCAGAAGCCUACUUGCAGCUAACAUUGCCCGAUGUGACUUGUGAUGACAUUGGUGAUUACUCGUGCAUUAUGGCCGUCAGAACACAACACUCCAGCAUGAACUCUGGAUCCGUCAGAGUAUAUCUGAAGAUGAAAGGUAACGUAUGUCCAUUCAUGGACAGCCUCGUUCACCCAAGACACAAACACCGACCCGGGGACCUGGUGAGAGUAACAUGCUUCAUGCUGAUGAAACAUGAAACAUCAGGUUGGAUCUGGUCCUCAGCAGAUAAUGACACAGUUGUCAGGUCCCGAGAAGAAUGUGCCUCAGAAGGCGAGAUGUUCAAUUGUUCAAGCGUUCUCCUGCAUCACGUUACGAAGAGCUCAUCUUUGAUCUGUCGACUAAAGAAUUUCUCAAGGAGCGUUCGAAUUGAUGUUACAGGAGAACUUCCCACUACAGAUCCAAGAUCCACGACAUUUUUUGAAGAGGCAAAUAAAGACUAUUUUAGGAUUGGUGAAUUUCCUGAAGAGCACAACACAAUAUCCGAAGGGGACGGCAUGUCGUGGCUCCAGUUUAUGAUCAUGCUUACCUGCCUCGCGUGUGAAGUGAUUUUGGUGGUAAUCCUACAGAAAUAUUGGAAGACCAUAGGUAACAGAAGACACUCUCCGAAUAAGGAAGAUCACACCAGGAACAAGGACAACCUACACCAAUCGAAUUGUCCUAAAUUGUUUAACACAGAACAUAAAGUGAUUACAGGAAAUAUGUACAAACCCCUGAUGUGUUCACAAACUAGUGAAGACAACACGUGAUGUGACCGCCUACGGUGAUGCUUUUCCAUUUCAUUUAUUUUUUGUGGUUUAGUGCAGAAAGUGUGUGGAUGUGAGUAUGAAUGAGUGUCUGAAAGAAAUAACUUUUCUUUGUCUUUCUAUAUAUUCGAUAUAUGUAACAGUAUAAACAGUGAUGAUGCCUGUAACAAUAAAAGAUUAUAAGAAAUUAUAA